AUGAAUAAAAUAUUUGCGUUAAGCGGUUUAAGACGUUUGAAGGACUGUAGCAGAUCUGUAUCUACAAGGAUCACAGCAGAUGGGAAAGAAGUGCCCAAAAGAAAGAACAUUGAAAGUAGGAUAACGUUAAUUGGAUCUGACAACUCAGUUAGUAUAACAGAUCUAAAAAGCGCUCAGAGUUUGUCUCUCAGACGAGAGUUAAAGUUAGUUAAAAUUCAAGAUGUUGACACAAAAACUAGGCGUCCUGUAUACAAACUAUUGACUAAUGCUCAGUAUCAUGAAGAGGAAAUUUCUAGGAGAAAAGAAAAACAGGUGUUAAAGGAAAAUGAGCUUAUUAAAGGACAAAAACUGAUUACGUUAUCUACUAGAAUCGCUGAACAUGAUCUCAUGACAGGCAUUAAGAAAAUGUUGAAACUUUUAGAUAAGCAAUAUGAAGUUAAAGUUGUAAUUACUGGUGGUGAACAAGAUGCUGUUCAAAGUUUGGAAAGAAUACAAUCGGUGAUAGAGAAAAACACAAAAUCAUCUGGAAACCUUGUCCAAAAAAGGAUUAAGGGAAACAGUUUAAGAUUUCAGUUGAUUCCACUAAGGGAGAAGAGUACCCACUGUGAUAACAAUGGCUCAAACCAGGAUGAAAAAACUCAACUAUGGAUCACGAGGGAGCGCACCGACGCGCCGCGCCGCCCCCGCCCGCGUAUGUGCCGCGCCGCCCUCGCCCGUGUAUGCGCCGCGCCGCCCCCGCCCGCGUAUAAGCCGCGCCGCCCCCGCCCGCGUAUGCGCCGCGCCGCCCCCGCCAGCGUAAGCGCCGCGCCGCCUCGGGUAGCUGGUACGAUUGUAAUGGACGAUAUUAUCAGCAAUGUAUUCGUAAUCCUAAAAGCGACAGUCGAAGAACUUCGAAAAAAAAACGCCAACGUGAUGACGUCUGACGCGGCUUUGAUGUUUAUGCUCAAAAAAUUAGAAGCUGUGCAUCAUGAACCAAUUUCUCGUGAACUUCUCCGAUCUUUGAAGCAAAGGAUUAAAGAGCGCAGGUUGUUCGUGGCUUCAACUCUGAAUUAUUUGCAUGAUCCUAAAUCAUAUUUUGAUUCAUCAGAUGAUGACUACUACGACAUCUUUCUAAGGCCAAAUGGCCACGAAAUGCGAAAACAUAUUGCAGAUCUACAUCAGCUUGGUUAG